CUUCACGCCAUCGGGGAAAGGGAGAAGCAAUACGGCCACGUCUUUGGUUUCCACGCUUUUUUUGAUUGCUCCGCACAGAAGAUGCUCAACGGAACUUCGCAGCUGCUUCGAACACAGCAAUGUCUUGCAGAAGUGAUCUUGCACUGCUCUCCCUCUCCUUCUGCUGGACCAAGCGGCGGCGGACUUUUAGGACUCGAAAGUAGAGACAUGCCAGGUGGCGGAGACCGAGAAAGUGGUAAUAAAGGUCCGCCAUCUGGUGCGGGGUUGCCCGGGAGCCUCCUAGGUGCGGGAAUUUCUUCCUCUUCGACUAGCGCUUCGCGGAACGCUUCAGUGGCUGCUGCGUCGAGAUAUGUCGCUCCUGGAAGCGCGGAGAACGGAAGCGCGGUGGCUUCAGCGGCGGCGCACUUCGGUGGAACAAGCAGCAGCAGCGGAAAUUUUCUCACACCGCAAGCAUCCAUGGGCCAGAGUGCAUCACGGACAGUCAGUGAUUGGAGCGUCCUAGCUUCUAGCUCGCCUCCACCAGGAUACGGGCCAGCGGGGGCAUCGUCGGGGAUCGGUGCAACGGCAGCGCCACCACCCGUUCGCAGUACUAAGCUAAUCACUCACCCUUCUUUCCCGCAGUCGUCGCCUGCCGCAUCCUCUGGAUGUCCGCUUGGUGGGCGCUUUUUCGUACCGCAAACCUCGAGCAAGAGUUCUCACCGAACUGCCUCGCCGCCGGCGACCGUGCCGGGUCCAGGACAAUUAUUCAGCGGCGGCCCAAACGGAUUCCUUUCUUGGUCCGGCGAACAGGGGAAUAGCGUGUCAUCGGCUUCACCCCUGGGAGCAAAUCCAGGCAGCUUGCCUACGGACGCGCAAAGGCACAGCAACUUGUACGGCAAUGCUAGUGCAGCUCCAGGUGCGUUACUCUCGACAGCCGGCGGCGCAGCUGUGUCAUACAGUGACGGAAGCGGCAGCAGCGC